GUUAAAUAUUUUUACUAUCAGAGCUGACCAGGGAUGAACGUUUUGUAAUUGAAAGUGUAGCUGUUAAAACCUCGUCGAGAUUGUAGUCAAGAUGGACAAAAAGUCUUUUGAAACGGUGCUGGAUGAAAUUAGAAAGGCUGUUUUGACAGAGUACAAAUUAAAAGCAAUUGAAUAUGUGCACGGAUAUUUUUCUAGUGAACAGGUGGUUGAUUUACUGAGAUAUUUCUCCUGGGCUGAGCCUCAGUUGAAGGCCAUGAAAGCAUUACAGCAUAAAAUGGUGGCUGUUCACCCAGCAGAAGUGGUCAAUAUACUCAACUGUUUCACCUUCAGUAAAGACAAACUAGUUGCUCUUGAACUAUUGGCUUCGAACAUUGUUGAUGCACAGAAUUCUCGUCCCAUUGAAGAUUUAUUCAGGAUCAAUAUGUCUGAGAAGAAACGGUGCAAGAGAGUACUUGAACAGGCUUUCAAGGGGGGCUGCAAAGCUCCUCAUGCCAUGAUCUCUUCUUGUGGAACAAUCCCAGGAAAUCCAUAUCCCAAAGGAAGACCUAGUCGCAUAAAUGGAAUUUUCCCAGGGACUCCUUUGAAAAAAGACGGUGAAGACUGUACCAAUGAAGGCAAAGGAAUAGCUGCACGGAUUCUUGGACCAUCCAAACCGCCUCCUUCAACAUACAAUCCACAUAAACCUGUUCCCUAUCCAAUACCUCCAUGCCGGCCACACGCAACCAUUGCACCAAGUGCUUAUAACAAUGCAGGUCUGGUACCAUUAGCCAGUGUCAUAGCUCCAGGUGUACCCCCUCCACCUCCAUAUACUCCUAAUCCAGUAGGAACAGAAAAUGAAGACCUUUCCAAUCAGUCAAAACCCACACAGAAUCAAACAUUUUCUACCCCAGCAAGUCAACUCUUUUCUCCUCACGGUUCUAAUCCUUCAACACCUGCUGCAGCUCCCGUCCCCACUGCAUCCCCGGUCAAGGCAGUAUAUCAUCCAGCAGCAUCAGCCACUGCCACCAUUUCUGGGAUGAAUGUGCCAAAUACUGUCCUUCCUGUGUUCCCAGGGCAGGUCUCCGCAGCCAUUCACACACCUCAGCCAUCAACGCCAAAUCCAACGGUUAUCAGAACCCCAUCACUGCCUGCUGCACCUGUUACUUCUGUCCACAGUACAACGUCUGCUCCUGUUCCUUCAGUUUUUUCUGGCCUAGUUCCACUGCCAGGUCCUUCUGCCGCUCCUGCCCCAGCGCCUCAGGCCACAUCUACACCUCGGGCCACCCCUGCUUCCCAUGAAACAUUCGCUUCUACUUCUGCCCCUUUCACUGGCCUCCCCUUUUCUGCCACCUCUACUGCUCCUUCUACCAACAACCCAAAUUCUGCUUCAUUGUCAUCAGUUUUUGCAGGUCUCCCUUUGCCCUUAACACCAACAUCCCAAGGUGUGUCCAACCCAACUCCUUCUGUAAUUGCCGGUGUUUCUGCUCCCAGUGUUGCCUGUCCGCUUGGUGUAAAUAGUCCUCUUCUAUCUGCUUUAAAAGGCUUUCUGACAUCAAAUGAUACCAAUCUAAUCAACCCUUCUGCUUUACCUUCUGCUGUCACAAAUGGUCUGGCUUCUCUGUCUUCUCUUACUAAUCAGAGCUCUGAUUCUCCUGCUUUAGCCGCUAACAAGUGCUAUGCCCCGUCAGCCAUUCCUGCCCCACAGAGGUCUUCCACUCCAGGAUUGGCCAUGUUCCCAGGCCUGCCCUCUCCUGUGGCUAACUCAACCUCCACUCCCCCUACUUUGCCUGUACAGUCUCCUUUAGCGACUUCUACAUCAUCUUCGACUUCAGUGCCAGUUAGCUGUGGUUCCUCAGCUACCCUUUUGCAUGGCUCCCACCCAAGUAACUCAGACCUGCACAUUUCAUCAACCCCUGCUGUAACAACUCUGUCUGUCAUGAUCAAAACUGAGCCCACGAGUCCUACUCCCUCGGCCUUCAAAGGCCCAUCUCAUUCCGUGAAUCCCUCUCAUGGCACUUUAGGUUUAUCAGGGACGUUGGGUCGUGCAUAUACUUCAGCAUCAGUGCCCAUCAGUUUAUCUACUUGCCUUAAUCCUGCAUUAUCAGGGCUCUCCAGUUUGAGUACUCCCUUGAAUGUUUCAAAUCCCCUCUCCUCUAUAUCCCUUCCUCCACAUGGUUCCUCCACCCCCAUCACUCCAGUGUUCACUGCUCUGCCUCCUUUCACCUCUUUGACCAAUAAUUUCCCUUUAACUGGCAACCCGUCUCUUAAUCCAUCAGUAUCUCUUCCAGGAUCGUUAAUAGCCACCUCAUCUGCGGCUGUCACGUCCACCUCUGUCCCUCACCCUAGUUCUACAGCGGCCGUUCUCUCAGGGCUUUCUGCCUCCGUGCCAGUCUCGGCAGCACCUUUCCCCCUCAGCCUGUCCACCGCUGUCCCCUCACUUUUUUCAGUCACCCAAGGACCUCUGCCGUCUUCAAAUCCCCCCUUCCCUGGCUUCUCUGUCGCUAACACCCCCAGCGUCACCCCUGCUCUCCCUUCGUUCCCGGGGCUGCAGGCACCCUCUACAGUUGCCGCGGUCACGCCACUUCCUGUUGCUGCCACAGCCCCAUCACCAGCUCCCGUCCUCCCAGGAUUCGCUUCAGCAUUUAGUUCCAACUUCAACUCUGCCCUUGUUGCACAAGCCGGCUUAUCCUCUGGACUUCAAGCUGCAGGCAGUUCUGUUUUUCCAGGCCUUUUGUCCCUCCCAGGUAUCCCUGGGUUUUCCCAGAAUCCCUCACAGUCAUCCUUGCAAGAAUUACAGCAUAAUGCAGCUGCACAGUCAGCAUUGUUACAGCAGGUUCACUCAGCUUCAGCUCUGGACAGCUAUCCAGCUCAGCCUGAUGGGUUUCCUAGUUAUCCUUCAACGCCAGGAACACCAUUUUCUUUGCAACCAGGCCUGUCCCAAAGUGGGUGGCAGUGAAUAUAUUUUAAUUUGUAUUCUCUUUUGGAGCAGCAUCACAAUUGCCUAAGGACUGCACUGAACAAUGUGACAAAUGUGAAGGUGACCAGAAGUCAGAAAAUCAGGAUAAUCCUCGGGAAAUUGGGAGAAAAGUUUAAAAACCACGGUUGCAUUUUUUUUUAAUGGUUUUAAGUAUGAACACUCCCCUUUGUAAAUAUACUGACAGCAAAUUGUAUGGGAAGUAGUAUUAAAAAACUGUUUGGGGACUUUUCACCUCCCACCUGAUGAAAUUUUGAGUCGUGUACGUGAUCUAUGUAGGAAGAAUACUAAAGAGGAGGUUGAACUCUUUAUAGCCGAAUACAGCCUUAAAUCUGCUCGUAUAGCAUCCACUGACAGAAGUAAUAGUUGUGCCUCAGACUUACGGGUUGCCUGUGGCCCUUGGUGUGCAUGAGUGAUUCCUGUUAGCAUCAUUGGAACUCUGUACUCCACAUCUAUCCACAAAAGGGAACUGGAGACCCACAGUUACUUUUCAUUUCUGACAUUAAUGAUCAUAUAUAUACUGCUGAAUUUAACUCAAUAUAUUUCAGGUAAGUGAAAAUGGUGCUUAUUAUAGUCUUUAGAAUGACUUUCAGGUGUUUUUGACUAAAAAUAUGUAUCCAGAACUACUGUCUUACAGAAAUACAAGUAAGGCUUGUGAUAAUUUGCCUUCAAAACUUUUUUCUUAAGCUCAGCAGUAUCCAAAUGAGUGAGGAACAUUUGACUGACUCUUGGGCCACCUCUAUUGCUCAUUCUGCUCUGGAAGCUCCUGGUGAAUGUUUACAAUUAUGGGAUGUAGUAUUUCUGUUUGUACUUAAAGUCAAAUGCUCAUCAAAAAUAAUUGUGUGACAACAGAUAGAGAAGACUUGCUCUGUUGGUAGAUAUGCAGUGUGUACUCUAUUUAAGCAUCUGUGGUAGUUUAACAUGAUUGAAUGUCAUUAAUUUAAGUGUAAUAACUGCCACGUUGAGAGGAACGGGGGAGUAGGGAGAGUUAUUUCCAAUCCUGUGAUUAAAAGUGUAAACUAGAAUCUACUGUAGUACAUUUCAGCAUCGAGAAGUUUUACUUUUAUAAAGAUGGUGUCUGGAAGAUGUUGCUAAUGUAUUUUCCUUCAACAUGGGGAACAAACUUUUUAAGUAUAUUCAUAAAUAUUCCUGUAUGGUUAGUUUUUAACAAUUUUUUAAAAUAAACUUUAUGGAUAUGACAAAUAUUUUAUAAGCGUUUUAUUAAAUACUUGGAUAGGCUUUUUAAUUUUUUGUGUGUGCUAGAUAUAAGAACAUUUUUGUCCAAAUUUAGUUGAAACUCAAUAUAUACUACUGAUCGUUCAUCCUUUACGUAGUAUUUUAUGUGAAAGUUACAUUAUUACAAACACCUGAAUCGGACUAUUUAUGCCUUUAAUUAUCCUCAAACACAGAAUGUAACCUCAUGCGUAGUCUGAUACCAGUUGCUAGAAGUUGGCAUUUGUUCUUUUUUAAGUCUACACUCAUAAAAGCUUUUGAAGAUUAUCUUGUAUUGCUUAUGUAUGUUGUCCAUUCACUCAGAAAAAAGCUAUUGAGUAAUCUUUCUAUAGUGAUGCUACUACCAGGUUUAUUCUGUCCUAUGAGCCCAUUAUCAUGACAGCAAGGAACUGUAUCCUGUUCAUCUCUUAGAUGUAUUCCUGAUGUCUUGCACAUAUUGGACACUUAAAGGUUUAUAUAAAAUGAAAAGAAUGUUUUGGAGUAUUUGCAUAUAAUUACUAGAGACUGGUUUUAUCUAUCUCAGAACCCUGUGAGAUAAGUACUAGCAACCUAAUUCAUGAGAUAAAGAAACCAAGGUGUAAGUAAGUGUAAAUUUGAACCAGUAAAUUUGGCAUUUACUACCAAUAACAGGCUACUUGUACCACCAAGUGCUAUGAAAAUACAUAGGAGGGAGGGUGAGUACCUUACUGCCUAAGGAUGUCCAGAAAGGUUUCUCAGUGACAUUAAAGUCUUAAAGGAUGGGCAAGGAUUAACAUCCUUUUUAAAGCUGCAAAGUGUGACACAGUAGCAUAGUAAAAUAAUCACAUAACUGGAUGUAGUUUGAAUGAUGUUUGUAGUUCAAGUGAAUCUAAAAAACAAGGGAGGGACGUGAUCACAAAAGACCCUGUAAGCUGUGCUAAGGAGCUGGGCAUUUGUUCUGUGGUCAACAGUUUGGAAAUUUAUCAGAAAGCACUUUUUAAAAAUCAGUUAGCCUGCAGCAAGGAAGCUGGAUUGAAAGUAGUAAGAUGGAUGGUUAUUGCAGAAAUCCAAAAAUGAAGAGGAUGAAGAUUGGCUUUAUGAAGAGGGAAUAGAAAUGGACCUCUCCAUUGCCUUUCCAUAGAGUCCCAUGGUCUGUUUAGGAUUUGCAAACGUUGUUAAUUCAUAUAAUUGAUUAAUUUUAAGCCUUACCCCACGUGAUUUGCCUGAUGAGUUUAGUCUGUGCAUUUAUAAAAUGCAUUUAGUGUCACAGAAUUUUUCAAAAGACUUUACUCCAAAUCGAACUUAAUGAGCCUUUGUUGUUUUUAAAGGUGAUCGAACAUUAGUAAACAAUGUCUAAUUUGGAUCAGUUAAAAGAUUAAAUAUUCGAAAACUUUGGCAAGUAAAUUGGGAAGGAUGAGCAAAAUUAAAGUAUCCCCAAGAGCUUUGUAUUCAGGAAGGACAUUAUGAUACUGACUUUAAUUUACAUUUAAACAUUAACAUAUGCCCGGUAAAAUUUCAUGGUAAAAGGUAAACGGCAUCAGUGUUUGUAACUCCUAAUUGAUGGAGAGGGAAAAUGGAAUAAGAAAAAACAUCCAGAAGAAGGCACAGAAAAGUUGAGGAAAUGAGAAGCACACAGUAAGAUGUUAGCUGUACUUCCCUGUAUAUUGUUAGUAUCACAACCCUUGUCAAUGGAAAGGAGGCAGCAGCCUCAGAAGGCUUCACAGCCUAGUUCCACUGAACAUACUCUUCCAAGAGAACAGAAAGAGAAGACACGCCUCAACUCGUCCCUAUGGACCAAUAUAACCUUGAUACCAAAACUCAGACAAGAAUAGUGUGAAGAAAAAAUGCAAGUCAGCCUUAUGUCAACCUUACCCAACAUAAUACUAAAACAUCAUAAAAUAUCAGCAACACAGAGCAUUUAUUCUUAAGAAAAUGAUGUACCAUAAUCAAGUUGGGUUUAUAUCAGGAGUGUAAGAAGAAAAUAACAUUAAGAAAUCUAAAGUCCAAUUCGUCACAUUAACAAAUGGAGAAAAACCAUUUUCCCAGUCUGUAUAAAAAAAGUUUGGUAAAAUUCAAUCACCGUAAUGAGUAAAAAACAUGCACACACUUAGCAAACUAGGAAAAGAAGGAAACUUUACCAGGUAAAGAAAAUCUAUAAAAGUAUCUAGCAUACGUUAUUCUUAAUUAUGAAAUGUUAGAAAAAUCCCUUUAAAAUCAGAGACUGAUCAAGUAAAAUGUAAUUCAGCAUUGUACUAGACACCCCAGCUGGUGUAGUAAGGUACAAAAACAAACUGAAAGGUGUCAUGAUUGGAAAGGAAGAUGUAAAGCUUAAAGAGGUCGAUUUUACAGAUUUACAGAUAUGCUCAAAAAGUUGCAUUUUCAAAUAUGAGCAACAGGAGAAAACGAUUCAAAAAAAAUUCUAGAUAAUGGAAUACUAUUCAGUGUUAAAAAGAAAUAAGAUAUGAAGCCAUGAAAAGAUGUUAUGGAACCUUAAAUGUUUAUUACCAAGUGAAAGAAACCAAUCUGAAAAGGCUUCCCUAUGAUUCCGACUAUAUGACAUUGUGGAAAAAGCAAAAGUAUGGACACAGUGAAAAAAUCAGUGUUGCCAGGGCUUGGAGGGAGGGGCAGGGAAGGAGGAAUAGAGCACAGAGGAUGUUUAGGGCAGUGAAAAUAUAUGAUACUAUAAUGAUGGAUACAUGACCUUAUACAUUUGUCCAAACCCAUAGAACUUGCAGCACCAAGAGGGAACCCUGAGGUAAAUUGUGGACUUUGGAUGAUUAUGAUAUGUCAGCGUAGGUUCAUCAA